CAUGCGCGGGCUGAGGCGCAGGCGCGUGGCGUCCCUCUUCCGGUGUGGCCGUCGCCGGCGGAGCCGCUCGGACCGUCGACUGGAUCCCCUCAGCUUUUUCCUUUUUGAAAACACUAAGAAUAUCCUUCAUUCAGGAUGUCUCUCCAUCAGUUUUUAUUAGAACCAAUCACCUGCCAUGCCUGGAACAGAGAUCGAACUCAGAUCGCCAUUAGCCCUAACAACCACGAAGUUCAUAUCUACAAGAAGAAUGGGAACCAGUGGCUGAAAGCUCAUGAACUAAAGGAACACAAUGGACACAUCACAGGUAUUGACUGGGCUCCCAAGAGCGAUCGCAUCGUAACUUGCGGUGCCGACCGAAAUGCUUACGUCUGGAGUCAAAAAGAUGGUGUCUGGAAGCCGACCCUGGUGAUCCUGAGGAUUAAUCGUGCUGCCACCUUUGUAAAGUGGUCUCCCCUGGAGAAUAAAUUUGCUGUGGGCAGCGGAGCUCGACUUAUAUCGGUGUGCUACUUUGAAUCCGAAAACGACUGGUGGGUGAGCAAACAUAUAAAAAAGCCCAUCCGUUCCACCGUCCUCAGCUUGGACUGGCACCCGAACAACGUCCUGCUGGCAGCUGGAUCUUGUGACUUCAAGUGCAGAGUGUUUUCUGCCUAUAUUAAGGAAGUGGAUGAAAAGCCAGCCAGCACUCCGUGGGGCACAAAGAUGCCUUUCGGGCAGCUGAUGUCCGAGUUCGGGGGCACAGGAAGUGGUGGAUGGGUCCACGGAGUCAGUUUCUCCGCCAGCGGGAACCGCCUCGCCUGGGUCAGCCACGAUAGUACUGUGUCAGUUGCCGAUGCCUCCAAAAGUAUGAUGGUUUCACAGCUGAAAACAGAAUUCCUCCCACUCCUGAGUGUGUCAUUUGUCUCCGAGAACAGCGUGGUUGCUGCUGGCCACGACUGCUGCCCGAUGCUGUUUAACUGCGACGACCGCGGCUCUCUGACCUUCAUCUCCAAACUGGAUAUUCCGAAACAGAGCAUCCAACGCAACAUUUCCGCCAUGGAGCGUUUCCGCAACAUGGACAAGAGAGCCACUACUGAGGAUCGCAAUGCCACCCUGGAGACGCUGCAUCAGAACAGCAUCACCCAAGUGUCUAUUUAUGAAGUGGACAAACAGGACUGCCGCAAGUUUUGCACCACUGGCAUCGACGGAGCGAUGACAGUCUGGGAUUUUAAGACCCUAGAGUCCUCCAUCCAGGGCCUUCAAAUCAUGUAAAGAUGGAUCUCCCUUAUCUAGCAUGACAGACUGCUUGUGAGACUGCAGCUCCACACCUACCCGGGCCUGAAAAAGAAAGACGAGGAAGGCAGACCACGAGGAAGCACUGAGAAAUUACGGCUUUGCCAAUGUUUUGUCUGUUUUUAAAACACAGUUGGUGAAAGUGUUGGUUUCAAGAAUCUGCUGGGGUUUUUUUGUUGUUGUUGUUUUUUUUUGAUUAGUUGUUUCAUGACAUCCUUCACCAGAGCUGCUCUUUAAGUAGUUUAUUGUGGAAAGUUUGACUAACUUAAAAGGGGAAUUUUAUGUUCGUUGUCUGCUAGAAGAUUAAAAAAGAUACAAAAUUU